AUGGAUAAGAAAAUGGUUUCGGCUACGAAACUUAAAACUAAAGGCAAUGUCAAAGAUGAUAAGGGAUCUGAAUUAGCAGCAAAAAUUGAUGAAACAGACGAAAUGAAGUUAAAAAUGCUUGCUGCACUUGAUAAGCCAGAGCCCGACGAUGUUUUGUACCCUCCAGAAUUGAAUGCUCAUCUAAUUGAUCAACUGCAGAUAAUGACUUGCGAAAACAAUCAACUUCGUAAAUGUGUAUUUACAAAAGAUGAAGAGAUAAAAGAAUUAAAUAAAACUGUAACAGAUCUCAAUCAGCGGAUUCGGGAUAUUAUAUCCGGUACUGGGCCAGCUAUAUCAUCAAAGUCUGCUGGCAUUAUAAGCGCAAAAAUUACUGAACUCUGCAAACAGAACCGCCAUCUUGUAGCGGAAGUUGAGAGUUACAAGACCAAAAAUUCAUCCCUCGAAAGAAAAAUCAUGCAACUCGAUAUGAUUAACAAAGAAAAUGAGAAAUUAGAGGCUUGUUUAUGUAAAGAAGAACCAGGAGACAUAAAUUCUGACGAACUCAAAGAACUUAACAAUAAACUUGCUGUUGUUAAUAAAAGAUUGUAUGACAGCAAAAAUAGGAAUCUUGAAUUGAAAAAUGAUAUUCUUACCGCUACUAAGAUCUUACAACAGGAGCUAGGUGAUAAAUUUACGAGCAUAAAGGAUCUCCAAAACGAUUUGGCUGGAUGGAAGGGUAGGGCUCAACAAAUUGUUUUAUUGCAAGCUAAAAUUAGCGAACUUGAAGAAAAAUUGAAUGGAAAACAAAAGGAGUCUAUGGAUUCUAAAAGAAAGGACCAAGGCCAGGUAAUCAAAGAAAUUGAAGUGAAAAGAAAGAAGGAAAUGGAUCAGACCGUAAAAGAUUUAGAGGUUCUGAAAGAGACAAAUCAGGAAUUAAAGAAGAAACUGGACGGUGCUCGAUGCAGAAUAAGAAACUUAGAAUGCGAUGCUGUUACUAUUAGACAAAAGAUGCAAACCUUCGUUGAGAAAAGUAACCACGAUGAUCUUCUUAUUAACGAGCAAAGAAAUCAAAUUAAAACAUUAGAAGCAUAUUAUCAAGAGAUAUUGAAAGAAAAUACUUCGAAAAUGAAUAAAAUGAAUAGUGAAAUUGGGGAAUAUCAGAAACUUAUAAAGAAUACGGACGCGAAAAUCGACGCUCUGAGACAGCAAGCUUCGGAAAAGGCAACCAAAAUUGAGGAGCUAAGAGCUCAAUUAUUAAGAUACGAGGAAUGUUCGUUGCAAAGCGUUUUCUUUACUCCGAUGAAGACGGCUACCGAUAAUGAAAUAAAGAAGUUGUCAGAACUGGUUGUCACAUUAAAUGAGAGAUUAGACAACGAACGAAAGAAAUGGGAAGAAUUAGAUACACAAAACAGGAAGUUGAAGGAGAAAAGGAAGCGACUGGAAAGAAAGAUAGUAUCACUGGAAGAUGAAAUAAAAAUGUUGAAGGAUUCUUCUAAGAGGGGAUCCAAAACAUCUAAAACCAUAUUAAGUAAAGAACCAUACGAAAUGCAACAAUUUGGCGCAGUUACUGUUUCAAAGAAAAUGUCUUCGCUUUCAGCUUUUGAUAAACCAAGCGAUAUAGUGUCUUCCGAGACUACAACAAACGAAAUGUAUGAUGGCUUCGACAAAGAGGAAUUAAAAUAUAAAUUAGAAUUGGCAGAAGAGAAGCUAAAGAUCAUGGAGGACAAGUUAAAAAUGAUUGAAGAGGAAAAACAAGAUGACUACAACAAUUUAACCGAAAUGAUACAAACUUCUAAACAAUUAUUUAACGAAGCUUUAGCUGUAUUAAAACGCGAUAAAUGUCAGUGUUCUUAA